AUGAGGGAUGCUUAUUCUCGUUGGAACUUCAUAUUAUUUGCCUAUCUUGGCCAUCUUUUGGUGAUACUUCUUCCAUUAGAUGAAUUUUCUGCAAGAAGAGACAAUGUGACUGAUGCACCAGCAAAUUCGAAGAUGAUUGAAAAUCGUAAUAAAGUUUACGGGAGAAUCAUCAGAUGCUCAUCAGAAGCAGUGGCGUGUAAAAAGCUCAAUUGCAUCGAGCUCUCAGACUGUGAGAUGUAUACCUCUUGUGAGCCCUGUCCAAUGUGCUUUGGUGCUAUCAAUCUGUCAAGAAUUAAGCGUUUGGUAUAUGGAGCCAAAGCCGAAACUGCCAUUGCAGUUGGCUUUAAUGCAAAUGCUUCAGGAGGUACUGGGAAGGCACAGUUAGAGAUCAAGAAGGCUGAUGGUAAGGCGGCACUUAUGGCAGAGGAAGUUUUUGAGAAAACCAGAGGAAAAUUUCCAAUAUGUUGA